CAACGGAAGCCGAGUAGGCCGGUCGCCUGGGCCGCAGAUCUGUGCGUUCGCCGCGGUUGUCGCAGUUCCGGCCGAGCGGCCGCUGGGUUCUGGCGCCUGGCAGCUGUCCUGCGGGCAGGCACUGGUAGCGGCGGCUGUCCUGCUCCGCCGGCCCAGUUCCCGCGGGAUCCCCGGCUGGUCCGGGCCCGGGCGCCGCACUCACGGCGGCUCCGUCGCAGGCACCGAGCGAGGAGCAGCCCGCGUCCUCCGAGGUCAGCGUCAUGAGGAGCCUGCCGUUCUUCUGCCGCGGCCAGGUGGUGCGUGGCUUCGGCCGCGGCUCCAAGCAACUGGGCAUCCCCACAGCCAAUUUUCCUGAACAAGUAGUGGACAAUCUUCCAGCUGAUGUGUCCACUGGCAUUUAUUACGGCUGGGCCAGCGUUGGAAGUGGAGAUGUCCAUAAAAUGGUGGUGAGCAUAGGAUGGAACCCAUACUACAAGAAUGUGAAGAAGUCCAUGGAAACCCACAUCAUCCAUACCUUCAAAGAAGACUUCUAUGGGGAAAUUCUCAAUGUGGCCAUUGUUGGCUACCUCAGACCUGAAAAGAACUUUGAUUCUUUAGAGUCACUUAUUUCUGCGAUUCAAGGUGAUAUUGAAGAAGCUAAAAAACAACUGGAUUUACCAGAACAUUUGAAACUCAAAGAUGACAAUUUCUUCCAAGUUUCCAAAGGCAAAAUUAUGAAUGGCCACUGAUGAAAAGUUCCUUACCUGUCCACCCACUAGUGUCUCAGUGCUUCUGAUACGGUCUCAUCUUGAUCAUAUUUUAAAUCAAGCUUUCCCUGUAGCUGUCAAGAGGCCUCCAGCAGUUAGCUCCAUCAUGUUGCCUAGUACUAAGAGAUUCAUUCAGAAAUCACGACUUUAAACGUAAUAUGUUGAUUAAAAUGUAGCACUAGAAAGCUAGCAUCUUGUACUGAAAAUAAAGUCUAAGUGUGGGUAGAAAAGCAAGUUCCUGAGGAAAAUGAGGAUCGUCCGCAGGUCCUGUGACCAUGUGUGCUGGCGCUGGGGAGCCCAGCAAGCAUGCACUGCUGAACAGAAGCUUUCCAGGAAAUGCACCACACACACACACACACACACACACACACACACAGAGUGCUUACCCAAGGAGGAACAUCUAGACUUACUUUUAUUAUUUUGUGUAUUUAUAUAGUUUUACAAUCCUGCAAACUUUUGUGAGCCUCGAGUCACUCAUUCCCUAUGAGGUCCCUUCCUGGUAGUGCCCCAGUGCUCUGUGUGGAGUUAUGUUAGGUUGAAGUGGCCUUGAUCGCCCCACAUCAGGGCUUUUGCUUUUCUACACAGUACUGAGGAUCCAGCCUAGUGCCUUACACACCAGGCAAGUGUGGCCACUGAACCAGGCUCCCCUCCUUCACUUAAUUUUAAGCCCUAAGAUGUCCACAUGUUGCCUUUUUGAAGAGUAGAUGUUUUUGCUCUUUAACAUUCUUGUGAAUUUGGUUUCUUUUUUACCCGUUUGGCAUAUCCAACAACCAUGUGGUCCAGAGAUUGUUUGUGUGUGCGCCAUUCUGCUCAAAACUAAAUGGUGGUCAAGUGCAAGUAUGCAUUGUAUUUUUAAGAAAAAUAAAACAAGCUGCAUUUAUAGACUUGCUUGGAAUUGAAAUGAACACAGCCAGUUCCUACCCAACCCUGCCCUGCUUUUUUUUUUUUUUAAA